AUGAGGCAAAAUAAUGAUAGUGGGAAGGAGGAUUGGAAUAGUCUUUGGAGAAUUAAAGCCCCAUCUAGAACCAAGCAUCUAUUGUGGAGGAUUUGUAGGGGAUGCUUACCAUCGCGUAUCAGGCUUCGUCAAUAUCAGGUACCUUGCCCAUCAGAUUGCCAGCUUUGCGGAAAUAAUAAUGAAGAUGAUUGGCAUGUGUUUUUUGAUUGUGAUACAACUAUUCAGUGUUGGAGGACAACAGGUUUGUCGGAUCUUCUAGAGCCCCGUUUACAUACUUUUAGUGAUGUAAAGUCUCUAAUUAUUGAUAUAUGUAGAUCGGAAGAUAGGAUGGUUGCUGGUAGAUUUGCAGUUAUGAUGGAUGUGAUUUGGAAGAAUAGAAACGAUUUUAUUUGGCAUAAUGAGAAAGAGGAAGCAUCCAAACUGGGUAUGAUUGCCUUUCAUAAUUGGCAGAAUUGGCUUACAGCACAAAGAUUUCAAGGGAGAGAGAAUACUCAUCAGAAUAUCACAAGUUGGAAUCCGCCAAUGGAAGGAUGGUUAAAGUGGAAUGUGGACGCGGGGUUUAACAAUCACUUUGGGCCUACUAAUAGGGGAAGGUGUGUUCGUGGUAAACAGGGUAAUUUCAUUAUUGCAGGUGUAGCUUGGGAUAUCGGUACCCUCUCCAUCCUUGAAGCAGAAGCUUCCGCCCUUAAAGAAGCUAUUGAAGGACCUAUAGCUUUGCACUUGACAAUAUUAUCUUCGAAAGUGAUUCUCAACAGGUUGUUCAAGGCAUCCACUCCAAUCACAAUGGUGGAUCUGAGUUUAGUUUGA